GACGCGAAAAAACGAUUGAUUGAUCUGUCAAGAUGCCAUAGAACACGACAUUGUCAAUUGAGAUAAAUUUAUGCUGCAUGUUUAGCCGUUACAAGUAAGUUAGUUUUAAUGUGAAAGAAGCGUUUAGGCUCCAAUAUCACUCAGUUUGUAUUUAAAAUGUGUGGAAACUUUUUGGUUAUUCUCUUCUGCCUGACGACGCAUGUGGAUGCCGUAAUCAACAGACAUACGAACGAGAAAAGUCAGCCAUAUGAAUAUUUUAAUACGAAAACUUUGUAUGACAGAGUGCGAGGGAAACUACCAAACGAUCACAGUGAAGUCCCCAAAGGAUGCAACCUGGUUCACAUUGUUUUAUUAUCGCGUCAUGGAUCAAGAUAUCCCGGCAAAGAGGAUUAUGAAAUUAUGAAAACGUUUUAUGAUAUAACAGCAAUAUUAAAUUCUACAGGAAAUGCUGAAUUAUCGUUUAAAUAUCUCCAGAAACUUCGAAACUGGAAAAUCUGGUUUGAUGACACAGUCGACGACGAAACCCUCGCUCCCACCGGAUAUUCAGAAAUACAUGGAAUAACCCGCAGAUUAGCAAAAGCAUUCCCUGAAAUUCUGUCCAAAGAAAAACUUGAUGCAAAUAAAUACAGAAUUAUAUCAUCCAAUACGACAAGAACAAUACAGUCCUCAAAAGCAUUUCUCGACGGAAUAUUCAAUACGGCAAAAUCGAGACCUAACAUUGAAAUUGACGAUAUGCUUUUGCAUUCGGACCAACAUUGCAGAAAAUGGAUAAAAUCAGUCAGGGAAAAUUUAACAGUGACAGUCGAGGCCCAAAAGUUUUUAAAUAGUUCGUAUGUUUCUUCAAUUGUUGAAAAAGUGUCGAAGCGACUUGGAAUUCAACAAUCUCAUCUAUCAAACGAACUAAUACAAUUUUUGAAAAAGGAAGGAUGCGCUGAACAGGAAUGGGCAACUGGAAAGCCAAGUCCGUGGUGCUCAGUUUUCAAGAAACCCGAUCUACAAGUUCUUGAAUACUAUGAAGAUUUAGAGAAUUACUUCACCAAGAGCUUUCCUCAUAAAGUCAACUACAAGCAAAGUUGCCAAUUGAAAAACUUCAUAUUAUCUGCGCUGAACAACGCGUCGUCUGACAGUGAAUUACUUGGUCAUUUUUUAUUUGGCCAUUCCUUCACGUUAAUGUCUACAAUGACUGAAAUGAAACUCAUACAGAAUGAUGGUCCUUUUACAAGUGCUAACUACUUACAGAAGAAAAACAGGAAGUACAGAACUUCAUUUUACACGCCUGGUUCCGCAAACUUGAUAUUUCUUUUAUAUGAAUGUGGAGAUAAAAAGAAGAAGUUGAAAAUAUUCAUGAAUGAGAAAUUUAUUAACAUGCCGCUCGAUAAACCAGCCGGAGAACUAUGGGACUUAGACGAUGCCCUUGAAUAUUAUCGUUUCAAAAAUCAAAAAAAUUGUCAAUGGAGAAAAAUUUGUGACAAAAUAGAUAAUACAUUAUGAACUAUUACUAACAAUAAUAACAACAUUAUUUGGCGAUAUUGUUAUGUUGCUAUGACACCCAUUGUUUAAUUGUACAUGCAAUUUCCCUUCUUGUUGUAUAGUUUGAUAAAUGCUUGUUCGAGGAAUUCUGACCUUCAGACGAAACGUACACGAAUAAAUUUGUGGUAGUGUGCUGCAAGACACUUGAAUCACUUAGUCAUUAUUCAAUCACUUCGUAUUUUUGCUUUACGUUUUUUGUGAAACCUUUAACAUUAAAAUUUCCUUGCCGGUUGAAGAUCAUGAGGACAGCAAAAGUUCUACUGAAGCUGUGACAGCAACUUUGUAUAAUGAAAAUAAUUAUUUAUUUUGAUAUAUGAAAACGGUCUAACGUACGGAAUACUUUAUCUAUUUAAUAGCGUUUAUAACAUGUUCUUCCUUUGGUAGUAUUUGUUAAUAUUCUGGAAAAUAAAAUCACAUGAAUUUAUUAAAUAUAUCUAACCACAGGCUUGUCCAUGAGACAUAUUUUUCUGUCCCAUCCCAUAGCAAUUUAUGUCUGUCCCAUCUUUUUAUUUUUAUUUUUUACGGAUCAUGACGAGUCUGGAAUCCAGCCCAAAGUCUUCAUACCGGGUGUCUCAAAAAUGUCGUGUCCCACUUGUCCCGCAUGUCCUACGUGUCCCACGUGUUCCGCUUGUCCCACUUUUCCCGCUUGUCCCACUUGUAAUUCAGUAAAGGGUAUUUCCUUUCCUCCAAUCCCGACUCAAUCACUUUAAUUAUAUAUUUAAUUAGAGCAUUGAAAAGCAAAUUAGAAUCUAUUACCAUUAAUUCACAACGAGUUACGUGUAAGAAUUAUCAUAUUUUUCAAUUUCUAAUUUCGAAUAA